GUAAGCGCACGGUCCGUGUCACAUCACUUCCGUGUUUGCAUUCCCACCACUAUUUCUCAUACAACAACUUGCACAUGCAAGCGCAUAAGUUCUUCUGAUAAGCAGACACUCUCUCCUAUCACAAUCGUCACUUCACCAUCAACAUCGACUGGCCGGUCAGAAGUCAUACAAACCAGCGCCUCUCUCGAACAACGCAAAAAUCCCCCGACCUCAUAAACAUGGACAGCCAUAAGCUCAGCAAGAACGACUCAUCAGUCCUAUCAGCACUCUUUGACCCCGAGUCAUCGCUAUCUAGCAGUGUCCAUAUCGAAGGCAGUCUACCUCGAGGCUCCACUCCAGCCACAAUGAUACGACUUCAAGAACAAGAGCGACAAACCCUACGGCUUAUCAACGGUGAGACACCAGAAGUCGAUAACAUCAAGCUCGCCAUCUCCCAAUUGACCACCAUCAUCGACCAAGACCCAUCAUACGCCUCCGCGUGGAACAAUCGCGCACAAGCCCGCCGUAUGCUGGUCAGAGACGAGGACCUUCCCCAGUCCUCGGAGACUGUCGCAGAGAUCCUGCAAGACAUCGCCAAAGCCGUAUCGUUGGCAACACCCACACAACUCACUAGCGCCAUCAACAGCCUAGAUGCAAGAGUCCUUGCAUCAGCGCAUACACAUCGAGGCUACUUGCUUCUGCUGGCAAGCAAAUCGGAGGACAAUCGCAGAAUGCUCGACGCCGUGCCCGCCCUGAAAGAUCUUUCGAGAGAGAAUUUGGAAGAAGCCGCGAGUCGAGAACUAAGUCUUGGAGGUCGCUACGGGAAUGAGACCGCUCGACAAUUGGCGGUCAAGACGAAUCCCUACGCCAAACUAUGUGGCUCGAUCGUAAGAGAGGCGUUGACAAAGGAGAUUGCGGAAUAUUACCAGCCGUGUGUCACUAUUGCUAGAUAGUACCAAAUGAUCAUGAAUGAAAAUCAUGUUUACCUGCAAUAGACAACUUCAUAUCUGAUUGCUGUAAUUGUCUCCUAGUGCUGCAGUCCUACUCUUCCACAUAUCCUCAGAGCCGGGCAGUGACUGGCCGAGGCUGCGAUACAGGUUCAAAUGUGAAUGUACAUAGUAGUCCUCUUCAGUAAUCCACAGAUCGAUAUCAUUCACCGACUUCAGAUGCAUUCAUGGCACAUGACGAUCAGGUCAAAACACGUCUCACAACUCCGCAAAGCACCAGUACCCUCACGUCAGAUCAAGGCUAUCUUGGACUGGACGCAAGACGGGACACGGAUGCUGCACCGCGGAUGCCAUUGCGCAGAUUUUCCGUGACACUGCCAGCCUGAGCACGUGACCGGUCCGUCUUAAGAUAUUUCUCUCUCUUUCUUUCUUUCCGUGUCGAC